AUGAUGGAGGUCAAGUAUGGGAAUGACACACACACCAACUCAUUCUCAUCGCAAGAUCUGAAAAGCCUCUAUAAGAACGCUCAUCAUUCCCCUUCAUCGUUCUUCAGGUCUUACAAGCACUACAUCCUCCAUUGCGGCAACAUUCUCCGAUCCAGUUCUUCAGGUCUUACAAGCACUACAUCCUCCAUUGCCUCAACAUUCUCCGAUCCAGUACCCAGCCAUGGCGACAACGGCAAGUACAGCUCUAUCCACGAACACUCGCGUGAGACUGACAUGACCGCACCGCAGAACGGCCCCGCCCUCUUGAUCUACCGAAGCAACAACGACGAAUGGUUCGCCGCCGUGGCCAACACGAGCACCAAAUACGCCUUCACCGACUACAACGGGGUCGUCUACUUCUCGCGCGCCAUGUCCAUCGGCAUGCCCGAGGACGUGGACGCCAUCAUCCAGGCGGGUCUGGUCUUCAAGGGGAGCGACUUGGACGCUCCCGCCAUUGUGGCCGAUCUGCUCCAGACGACGAGCUCGGUGUCUUACGAGGCUGUUGUCAUCUACGUGGUGCCUGAGGAAGGCGCGUUCCUGGGGGAGUUCAUGGUCGAGGCGGGAGAGGCGCUGUUGGUGCUUGUGGGUAUGGCUUUCAGGGCGCAGGCGAUGGGGAAUGAUGAUGAAACUGUGAACCCUUUGUUGGCGACGGACGAGGGUCCCAACCAGAGCGCUUCACCGUUGGACGCCAUGAAGACGUCGAUGAUGCGGAUGCCCGUGCGAAACCGGCGCAUUAGAACCAUGGCCGAUAGCCCCGAUUUCAGCAUCGUUUGCUCCAAUCUCCUCAACGGCGCGGUCCAGGCGGAUUUCAACCUGAUCGGCAAAAGCUGGCCAGACAAUUCCUGGCCGGUGCGCCUGAUUACCACGCCCAGCGCCAAGCUAGCCUCCAAUGGUCGCGAGACGCUGUCGUGGUUGCAACACUUGAGCGAUAUCGCCCUCGGACCAUACGACGCCUUCCUCAUCUGGCAGAACGCUCGCACGGGUACGUGGUUCGGCGUGAUGAACCAUGUGCCGUUGCAGGAGUAUCAUGCCGGCAAUGCUCCAAGCUAUAAAGUCUCUUGGUCCGGCGGCGGGAACAACCAGGCGGAAUGGAUCUGGCCGGUCUCCGACACAAGUUCUUCGUGGACCUUCCCAAAAGAGCUGGGGUACAAGGUCCGCGUCGAUCCAACGGCGGGUGGGCAGAGCCUAUUGCUGAGUGUGACUGUUUCGGCGCUGGACUGA